UGAAUAUCUGUCAUGUGGUAUUGAGGGAAUCGCGAAAAUAAUACAGCCAUUUUACGAGCAAAAUAUAAAACAAUAAAUGUUUAAUGAAUUAUUACAUUGUUAGCGACGUGUGAUCAACUGAUUAUAGAACAAACGUGAUUUCGAUUUGAAAUUUGAAUGGGUUGAUUGUUGCGAAGGCGAAGAGCAAAGAUGCUACAUCACAUCAUAGCGUUACUGUUUAGUGUUUUCACAUUUUAAUAAUUAUGUAGUUCACGAUCUCGAACUUAAUAAAUAAAUGUCAAUGACAACAUGAAAGAAAUUUGAGGUAAAUGAGAAUAAAAAGACGUGAAUUAAAAGUGUAUAUUAAUAUUUAAUUCAUAAUUCGGCAUCGCCGUGCUUAUUCCGUGUUGAUGGUAAAAUUUUUUCAAGUCCAGCAUUCCAGCAAAACAACAGAAAGUAGAUAAGGCGAAUCGGUCCUCUGAACGACGCAUCUGAUUGGUCGAGUGUCACAUCGUGCGUGCGAUGUCAAAAUACGCAAAACGCAACAUUACUUAUCAAAUUUCAGUCGUGAUAACGGAUAACGUCCUUCCGACUUCAAAUUAUUCAAUGAAGACGAAUAAGAGGAAAUUUAUCAAGUUUUGUGAUGAAAAUUACCAGAAGAAGGCAAAAACAUCACCUGAAAACGUCCAAGGCAGGUAUGGUAAGCAUACUUUGAUUUUUCCCUCGCAUCUAUGGUAAUCAGAUCUCGAAAUGGCUGAAAACUCGACUGAUGUCUACGAUUUUGUUUUUCCGAGUCCACCAGCUUUACAACAACUCGCAGCCAUCGCAGUAGCAGUGAAACUAUGGCGUGAACAAGUCGGCGAGCAUCGUGUAAAUAAUACCUUGGACAAAUUUGGGCAAGAGUCGAAUAUUUCCCUGGAUAGCGUUCGCCCUCUUCUACCGUCAACAAUUCUUCCCAUCAUUGAGAAUUAUACUACAUACAUACAGGGUUCAUUGUGCAGAUACGAUUACGAAUAUCGUCGGCGGCAGUGGCUCUUGGAAAGUCUGAGUAAAUUUGACGAUAUUGUUUGUGACGUUGAUGGCACUAUCAAUUAUGAUCGUACUGCGAGACGAGCAUUACUCUGCGAAGAAAUCAGUGACGUUGAUAAAUUUGAAAUUGCUUGUUGGUAUUGUCUAGAGGAUGAUAUAAUGCGAAUUUGGCCUUCUGUGUCGAAUUUAGAAUCCCUGAACUUGAGCGAUGAAGAUUUUUCGUUUUUCGGUUUUCAUAAUAAAUCUUUAUUAUGUUACUGGAUUUCUCGUCUUAGAAACGAGUUGCAUAGAAUUCCCAUUUUUUGGCCCGAAAAGACUAUCGAUGAACAUUUAAUGGAAAUUCUUGUCGCUGAUAAUUGGUCGUCUAUAAGGUACUUUUGGCGUAGAUUAAAAAAGGGUGAAAGUCGAGUAGCAAAUGCAUGGUACUUACUUGAACGUCAAACUUCUAUAUUCUGUAGGUACAUACUCGCGAAGUUAAGCGAGGAAGAAUUAAAUGCAUUGAUCGCCAAAACGAAUGAUUAUAAUGGAUUUAUGUACUGCGUAUUUAAGAAAUGGUCUUACUAUUGUAGAUACUAUGAAACUGAUAUCGCAACAUCUUGCAUUUUAACAACAUGGCACUAUGUUAGACAUAAAAUAAACAGCGAGGAAUUUAUUCGUAUUGUUGAGGAGAUUUUUUCUAGGCAGAAAUAUGGCGAAGAAGAAAUACCGAACGACGAGUCUUUCUCUCGCGAGUUUUGGAAUGAUACUCCAGAUCAUUUGAAACGAUGGAUGUUUCAAGUUGGUUUACUUGAGCGAACUUUUUUCGAGAUCAAUAACCUUUCUUGUGCUACGGUUAGAGAUAAUUGGCUUUUGUUCGCCGUUUUGGAAGAAGCUCCGUUUGAAGCCAAGAGUUCGUUUUGGCGUGAAAAUUGGCGCAACAUAUUAGUUUCCAUAAAACCAACCGAUUUGCAACGAUUAAUGAACUUAUGCUUGAAAAACGAAAGCGACGUUAAUCUGUUCAAAAAUAAUAAUUUAUCUAAAUACGAAAAUAUCAGCGUCAAUUGCUCAAUGCUUAUGGAUCAGUCGCGUUGGACAGAAUUGGAGGAAUUUUUGAAUUUUUGUUGCUCGGAAAAGGAAACCAAUUUAGCUUUGCGGAUCAAGUGUUUAAACAGCCAUUUAAGUACGUUCCAAAAUACGACCGAUCUUAUACGUUUAAGCAGAAAAAUCCUCAAGAAUUUUCUUUCAUUUAGUACAUUCGUCGAUGAUACUUAUUGUAGCGAUCUCACCCUAGCAGCUGAUUUUAAAAAUCGAUUUCUGUUUUCACCUGGAACGAUGCGUAAUUUGAGCCAAUGUGUAGCGAGGAAUAAACUCGAGAAAGUAAUGAAAUUUGUCGAUACAUUCGUGAUGUCUGAGCAAGCGGCUGUUGAUUUCAAAGAACAUCAUUUUCUGCCGGCUUUUGUUAAUAUCCUUGCUACUGAAACUUAUCGUUUUAAAUUCGAGUGCGACGCAUUUGAAAAGUUUAUGCGUUGGUGUUUCGGUAGUGACGAUAAAAUUGAAAAAUUUAAAUCAACUAUACCGGUUGAGGAUAUUCUUCGACGUGUUGCUCAAGACACAGAUGCUCGCAUUCUUCACGCUGAAGAUACGUCAUAUCAAUCUUCUUUCGAGCGCGACGCAAAAGAGUUAUAUUUUAAUCUGCAUAAAUUUUUGCAAUGGAUUUUUUCCUCUCCCGAGGAAGUUGCAGAAUGUGAAAAAAAAUUCUGUGGGUUCGAAGAAUAUGUUUCUAAAAAAUGAAAUAUUUUAUGUAUUAUUUCUACGAAAAGACUGCUACCUAUUCAUUUUUUAUGUACCUAUAUUUUUGAAUUUUGUUAAUGGAUUUUUAUACAUUAUAUUUAUAUAUUUUAAUUGCAUCAAUUUAUGAAAUGAAAUGUUACCUUGUACUUAUUUCAAUAUUAUACGUGUUUUUAUUUUUAA